AGGGGUGCGCUGGGAGAACAAACACCGUCGUGCGCCUCGGAGCAGCGCCCGGAUCCCGGAUCCAGCAACGCACCGCGUUCUUGUAACACUGAAUCGAAAGCUAGAACUAAUAUCUGCAUUCCUCCCGUACGACCAGUGACCUCAAACACGUCAAGAAUCGCUGCCACGUUCUCCGAGUUCGUUUGAAUAUACGCGCGCACACGCCCUCCUCCCCCUUUUUCUCCCCUCCAUCGGAGAUUUCCGGCCGGCACCGCCCGCACCCCUCACCACACUCCCACUACCCCUUUGUUUACAAUAACACACACUUAGGGAGACCUAACCUACGUACCUGUUGCGAAUUGUCGUAUUUUUUUAGUAUUUCCAUUUGUUGUCUUCGUCUAUCGAUUCGGUAUCUUCCCGUAGACUAAUAAUCCAAUCAGAUUCGGACGGAUUUAUAUCUCUAGUAAUGUAAAGGCCAGGAGUGCACCUCGGAGCCGUUUUCGGUAUUUUGAUUCUCAGAUGCUAGGUAAAAUGCUUACUACGGACAAUUCAGAGAACACGGCUAUAAAUGUGCAUUCUUUCGAAAAAAAUGCUCAUAAACGUCCUGGUGAGAGCCCAGACAAUUCUAUUACUUCCAAGAAGUUAAAAGUUUUGGAGGAUGAGAACCUUGAAUCUCCAUCAACAUUUGAUAUAAAUUCUGAGUGGGACAUGUCCCCGGAAAAUUUCCUCACAGAAUUUCUCUUGCCUCAUAUGAACACUGAAAAUGGAUACAUAACACUUAUGGACUGGCUACUAAGCAUAAAUGUUUUGAAGAAACCAUUGAAAUGCAAGUGCUCCACUUUGAAAGCUAGAGACUUCACAUUACUCCAUGAUCAGUAUUCUUGGGUGUGCAGAACUUGUAAAGUCACCAGGGUUUCUGUCUGGGAUCGAUCUGUUUUUGCAAGUUAUCUUGGCAAAGCCAGCCAUGGCAGCCUGAGCAUAAAUGAUGCACUAUCCUGCAUCCUGGCAUGGUGCAAACAAAUGCGAGUUAAUGAAUCUUCUGCCAGUUUAGGUGUGAAUCUUAAAAUGGUGUCAAGUAUCUAUUAUAAAUGUGCAGCAACUGUAGAGGCCUACAUGACCAAAGAAUCCCAAAAUCUUGCCUCUUUUGGAGGAGAUGGUUCUGUUGUCUUUAUAGAUCUGCGCUCAGAUGGAGUAAUGAAAAGAGAUAAUGGAAGGCACAGAAGAAGGUGGUCUGAAAGAUUUUACUCACUGUGGAUUGCUGAUUCUAGGCAAAUUCCAGUGAGGUAUUCAAUCCAUGUUAUUCGUUUACCAAAUAAAGCUAGUCUGCAAGUUUUGGAUGACUUUCACCUUUUUCAAAUUAAUUUAGAAAAACAUACUUCAAGUUGCCAAAUCAUAGCUGUCAAAAGUGAAGAUGAACUAGAUAACAAUAUGUGUGAAAAUAGGAGUACUGGAGAGGGGGAUGAAUCUUCUAAAACUAUGUCACUGAAAAGCCCCAAAACUGAAGCUCAAAAGCAACGUGAACUGAGGGUUUUGAAAGAGCAGCAAGAUAUACACAGCUCAUCACAGAACCAAGAAGUAAAAGUUUGCAAAAUCAAUGAUAAAAGUAAGAAGUCAAAAGGAAAGCAUAAGAAGAUAAAGCAGGUUAAUGUUGUAGAAAUCUCUAAAAAUGAAGAGGACAAGGGAGUCCCGAGUCUAGAGGAAAUCUGUGAAAAAUUUGACAAUGGCCAAGAAGAAGCCCUAGUUUCUAAAUUUGAUGCAACUGCAGAACAAGAGAAUGAAAUGCAUACAACAAAACAUUUAAAAAAAGAUUUGCAGCUAGGUGUAGCUAAGGAUAUUUUUAGUCAACCAGAGAAUGUGCCUCUAGAUUUUGAAUCCAAAACUGUCAGUCAUGAAGAGAAUUCUCUGCCAGUUAUGAAAUCAGGACUAGCAAUUGAAUCAGAGGUUGGUUACUUGACGGAUUCAGGCAUUCGAAAUGCAGUGCUGAAUAUUGUUGAUAGGCUAGUUGCCCCAGAUUCUCUGGUCCUUGCUAAUGAAGAAAAUAUACCUAGUAUAUGCAGUGUUCUCCGAGCCUCCCAAAAGUAUAAAGCUGUAAUGUCAUUUAGUGAGAUCCUUGCCGCUGAUGACACUGGACAUACACCAACCAGUAGUAUUCUUGAUCAUAUUUGGCAAAAAGCAAACGAUCUUUCAAAACGCAUUAACAAUCGCACUCAGAAAGGAGCAACAAGAAUAGUUUCACUGUUUUUGUGGAGACAAUAUUUUGGCUUCAACCUUUCAGAAGCAGCGUACUACAUUCUACAUCAAAUUGGUUCACACUAUCAACCUACCAAUCAACAAAGUAGCUUUUACAGUGACGAUUAUUUAUUAUAAAAAUUUCAUCUAGAUGAUGAUGGGCGCGAAGUGUGCACAUCAAAAUAUUUUUGAUGACAAAGACUGAAGACAAUUGACAUAAAUUGCAAAUGUUUUGUUGUUCUAUUUUCAUGUCAUAUUUUUCUCGUAAUGAAUUAGAAUAAACUUAACUUUUUUUAAAUAAAAACAGUCAACUAAUCUAAUAAAA